GAUGCGACACGAGGAGGAAGCUUUCACGGCGGGCUCACCAUCCACGAAGAGGCCACUCCAGAAAACGAAGACGCUCAAAGCAGGCGCAAACCCUUCGCGAUCCUGCUGCUGGAAGCUCCCACGAUGCCCGCUACGAAAUCGACCUUACUGUCAACAUCGAGUCCACCAGAGGAGGCUCUUAUCCCACGAACAACGUCUUACCUCAUCAACAACUUCCGCUACCAAGAAUCAACCUGGCGAACGUUGCUGCCUCCUUCCCAGCGAGCCGAGGACCGAGGCACCAACGCCCUUCCAGCUUGCUGGCUCCGAGCCGGACCAGGACUCCUCGAGAUCCUACAAUGACCUUGAAAGAAUCGCGGAUCCGAAAGCCUCCGACGAAUGCAGCCACGACGAGAAGAUCAAUCGUCUAUCCACCAACAUCGCGACCCGCCCCGGUCAGCGUGACCUCCCUGAUGCCAAUGACCUUCAGUCCUCGGCCGGACUCGUUCGCAACACUGCCUUUCGCGUUGACCCACGCGAGUACCAUCACCCGGCACCGGUCCCGGGUCCCCAAACGAUGGAAAACCGAUUUAGCCUCGAGGUUCCGCCGGAAAAACUUGUACAUCGGGACACCACCGAUACUUCCACCUCGAAAAGCUCAUCAAGAGCGAAGCACCGGGGAACCGAUGACGUUCACCAAGUCCUGGGCCUGCGUUCGACCUCCCUCGAUUCGCCUGGAUUUCCAAGCCUCGAGGAUGCUCACUCGAGGAUCCCGGGAUCCGGAUGCCGAGAACGGACUCCGGAGUACGACCGGGAGAACGUGCUUGAAAACACUGCCUUUAACGACCUCGACGAGGACGGGGACGAUCCAAGGAUCGUCGAGACGAACGCGUGCUUGGACGUGCCGGGUGGCAGGCUAUUCGGGAUCGUCUGCCUCGGCAGAGGCCUCGCCAGCGGUUGCGCGGUUUCCGGUAGCCCGAAGCGGAGCUUCGUAUCGACCGGGAACCCGGAAUAUCCUAGUGUCAAUGAACUUUCGGUGGACAGCCGGACUUGCGGGAGUUCGGACGAUCGGGAAAAGUGGAAAAAGCCUAGAAGACGCCGGUGCCGCAGGUGCUCCGAGACCAGGAGGAGAAAGCUGCAAGAGAGUUGGAGGGACGAGGAGCUCGACGAGGACGAGACCGACGAGGAUGAAGACACGGAUGGAAGGCUGCUCGGCGAAGUGCUCGAGGGAGAUGGAGCCAGUAGCGUCAACACUGCCCGGUCAGGAGGGCCGAGCCUCUCCACGAAGCGAACCUCUCGAAGGAAGAGUAAGAAGCGAAGGAGAGGAAGAGGAGCCAGAGCCCGAGAAGGAAAGUGGUCGAGCCCUUGGAGGGAGAAGAGGAAACCGGAAGCGUCGAGGAAGCGGUUCGCCGGGUGGCACGCCGAAGGAAUACUCAGGCAAGCCGACACCGGCCGAUUCUUCAAAAGUGAUAAGACCUUCAGCCGCAAACGUGGCGUCCGAAGUUACGGGCUUUCGUUGGUGUUGUAUCUGUUGGCUUUGCCGAUACUGUGCUCGAGCGAUUCCUCAGCUCCGGUCGCCUCGGCGUUCGCACAAAAGUCCCCCCUCACCCACGGCGAUAAUUUUACCGCCCGUAAUUCGUCCUCGCAGCAUCAAGCGAAUCACGAGAUGCGACGAGAGGGUCUCAUCGACGAUGAUAUGCCGCAUCCCUACAACGAAUACAGCUGGGAAAUCAACCAGAUAAACCCCUGGCUAUCGGCUUGCGAUCUGGCGGGUCCAGCUCCGGCUGAUCUCCAGGGUAGCUGCGGUCCUCCGGAAGUACCAAAGAGCUGUCCUGAGCGAUGCUCCAGCAGGAAUCAGGCCGACUUGAACAAGGCGUUCGCCGAGGUUAUCGAGGCGUUUGGUAUUAACGAGAGGGCCAGGAGCGGGGCUGGUGGUUCAAGAUGGAGGCCGGCUGGCACGACCACCACUAAUAAAUCCGCCGGCAAUAAAAUAAAAGACGAUGACCGGAAGAACAAGAGGACGGAGGAGACCGCUGAUGCGGCGGCUCCGGUACAGUGCCUUUUUUACCUCGAGGCGUCCCACAAGAGGGACAUCUGCCGGGAUAAUUUCGGUCGUGGCAGUUCGUUAAGUUUUUCAAAUACCCGGGAGAAUCGCUAUUGGUACUUGAGUGCUUUGCGUUUGCGUCAUUGCUGCGAGCGCCCGGUUGUUAACGCCCUCGCACCCGGCAAGGGCGGCCCCCUCGAGGACGUCUUGAACGGCGGUCCUAAAUGCUCCGACGCAUUGGACAAAAUUCUUGUCGUCGAUUCACUUGCCGCGAGACUACACUGCGAGUUCGAGGAGGUCCUGGCUCGCUACGACUGCGGCCAGUCCUACUCGGUCAUCCACAACUGCACCCACUGCAAGGAGGCGUAUAGAAAAUGGGUGUGCAGCUCCCUGGUGCCUUACUUUGCUCAUGGGGGACCGCCAGCCUUGGAAACCUCGACGAACACCUGGUUAGGCUCGAGGCUAAGGCCCUGCCGGUCCUUCUGCCAAUCCGUGGAACAACGUUGCCCUUAUCUACUUCCGGGUGACCGUGCACCUGCUUAUCCCACGCAGUACGCCGGCGAACCCACUUUUCUUUGCAGAGACCCGAACAUACCGGAAACGGGUGAGCAGGCGAUGAGAGCGUUGCACGGUAACGAGAGAGACGAGUGUUGCUUUCACGCGUGUUCCGAGGACGAGCCAGGAUUGGGUGUGUGCGCUAAUUGUACAGAUCUUAAAGCCCCGAGUAAUCGUGCAGGUCAUGAUAUUCCAACGGCACCGCAGUGCGAGAUUACGUCAACGAGCUCCAUACAAUCCGGUUCUACAGGUGAAAAAAGUACCGAUUCAAGGAUCGGUAGCGCGAGUAGCGUGGAAUCGUCGUCAGCGAGUCCAUCUACGUCGACAACCACGAGUGCCUCAUUUUGCGGUGGCGGUGGAGUCGGCUCGAUGCCAUCGUCGUCCGGACAAUCGACGACCCAAACACCGCCACCAUCCUCGAUAUCGUUGAUCUGUAUGUUUUGGAUAUGGGCCGCGUUAAUCUCGUUGUGCACCGGACAAACCGUUUUCCCAUGGUCGCCUCCGUCGUCCCUCUCGAUGGGCGAUUAUUCGACGAGGAGGGGGGCAGGGGCAAGAAGCAGGAAAAGAAGAAAGAGACUUGAAAAAAGGGAAAUAUUUGGGCGAAGAAAAAGCGAGGAAGAGGAGCGGAGGACGAAGCACGUGGGGACGGGGAAGAAGAUGGAUAUCGGCAAGAUGGCGGCGUUGAGUAUAACGAGCUCAGCCGGGAGUGCAUCAAGGUCAUUCUUAAGGUCAUCGACGAGAUUAUUAGUAUCGAGGAGGAGAAUGAGGAGGGAUUUGAGCGUGAUCCUCAUUCUCAAAUUCACCCGUGUGUUCCUCGUCGCGUUAACAACAAUAAUUAUGAAAAACAAUUAUUAUCGUAAUUAUUACAUUGAUUUGUUCAACAUCGUACGACAAUACAGCCUCGUGAUGCUGUUCAUGCUCGUGCGUUAUUACGAAAAGUGCCAUUUUCGUUUAUCACGGAUAAAUUACGUUUUAAUUAUUAUCAACGAAUCAUCGUCGUUUCGAAAGCGGCCUCACCAAAUCGGACAUCUUGCUCCGCGUUGCAGAACCCCCGCGGCCGCCGUCGCAGCAGCCGCCAUUGCCUCCUCCUUCAGUCUGCUCUGCCGCAGACACGAUUACGAUUACGAUUAUCAUUAUUAUUGCUAUUAUUAUUAUUAUUACUAUUGUUGCUACUACGAGGCUAAAUUUCACCGGGUCUUCUCACCGUCCCAAGGUCAACGACUUGACCUUGAACGUUUUGAGCGAAAACUCGACGAUUACGCGGCCCCAAGGCCCCCGCGCGGUAAACGGAGAAAACGAAGACCGCGAAUAUGGCGCCGAAGGAGACGACGACGACGCAUCUACGUCGUUCGUUUCUUCUUCUCUAAUCUUCAUUAUUGCUUUUUUUCAUAUGCCCAUUCUCAACGACCGAGCUUUGUAGCCACUCGAACUAGUGGUCUUCCUGAUCAUACAAAAUCGACGUCACCCACCACCACUCAAUUUUAUUAUUGUGAUCAUUAUCAUUAUUUCUUUCAUUACUAUUAUCUCUGUUGCUAUUUUUGCUAUUAUUUUCAUUCCCAUUAUCAGUAUCCCUCCUCGUGUCAUUAUUAUUAUAACGGUGCGAUCACGUGGUGGUGGUGGUGGUGGUGCUGGUGGUGGUGGUCGUCGUCCCCAUCCUGGUCGUCCUUUUGUAUCUUUCUUUACCCCUCGAGAGCCUCGUCUCGUGCCCACCGCGAUCGGCCCCCUUAAUUGUCAGCUUUUUCACCCCCCUCUCUCAUAUUUGCCCCCCGCCCCGCCAUUUUCUCGUCACUGAGGUUUCGUUUGAAAUUUUGUCCUUUCUUCAGUGUUUUUUUCGGUUUUUCCUUGUCGAUUUUUCCACUAUACGAAGAAAUCAAGCCCGAGGACAGUCGGAGGAUCUCGAUCGACGCGAAGCGCUGAUUUCGUUGUUGAGUACGUCAAGUUUUUGAAAAAUUUUUUUCACCCAUUCGAAAUUUCCAAUAACGCGCGAAAUGCUGCAAUUCGAAAUUGUGUCUCUCAGUUUCUCUCGCUUGGCGUCGGAAUCCCGUCGGUUUUUUCAGCUUUUUGAAUGUUUGCAGUUUCACGAUUUUCCGAGUCCGGCUGUCGAAUCGAACGGAAAGCUCGGGGAGCUGUGCGCGUUAUAAAAUACCGCGGAAUUCAACGUUCCCGAUGUUGCCCGUGUGCGUGUGUUUGUUAUCGAGAACAAAGCAAAAACUCAAGUGUUCGGAGUGCGCGUGUGUGAGUGAUUGGGUAGAAACCAAGAUCGAAAGUCUCUAAAAAAAAUGAAAAAAAAAUGAAAAAAAAAAAAAUGGAGAACUCGAAAACGAAAAUUUUUAGUUAGAAAACAUAUUUUCGA